AUGCAGGGGUUUAGACAGGCACUUGAGGACAAUAAUCUUGUUCAAAUACCCACUGUUGGCUCUUUCUUCACAUGGGAGAAGGGUAGGGAGUCGAAUAAUAUGGUUAGAGAGAAGCUUGAUAGAGCCCUUGCUACUGAGGACUGGGCUCAUAAAUUCACUAAUAUUGUCUGCUCGGUUGUUCAUUUUCCUAGAUCGGAUCACAAACCGUUGGUGAUUAAUACAGCUCCUAAGGAUAAUAGGGACGAUAGAAGAAGAAUUCAAUUUGAUAAUACAUGGUUAUGUGAUGAGGGUCUGGCCGAGGUCGUUAAAGGAGUUUGGGUUAAUUCUAUACCAUACAACCUUGUGAUGAAACGUGAUGAUUUAGUUUCUGCUCUUUCGUUGUGA